AUGAACGACCUAUUCUCAAGCUCCUUCAAAAAAUACAGUGACUUGAAGGAGCAGGCCUACAUUGAUGAUGUGGAGGCUGGGAAGGAAAGUGUCAAUCUCGAUAAAUUCUUUGAAGAUGUGGAGAAUGUAAAAGAAGACAUGAGACUAGUUGAGAAGCUCUAUAGAAAAUUGCAAGAGGCUAAUGAAGAAAGCAAAAUCGUCCACAAUGCUAAAACCAUGAAAGAUCUUCGAGCAAGGAUGGAUAAAGAUGUUGAGCAGGUCCUUAAACGUGUUAAAAUCAUUAAGGGCAAGCUUGAAGCUUUAGAGCGUUCCAAUGCAGCUAACAGAAACAUUCCAGGGUGUGGUCCAGGUUCUUCAGCUGAUAGAACGAGAACUUCAGUGGUUGGUGGCUUGGGGAAGAAACUCAAGGACAUGAUGGAUGAUUUUCAAGGGUUAAGAGCAAGAAUGCAACUGGAGUACAAGGAAACAGUGGAACGCAGGUAUUUCACAAUAACAGGAGAGAAGGCAGAUGAAGAAACUAUAGAGAAUUUGAUAUCAAGUGGAGAAAGUGAAAAUUUUCUUCAGAAAGCAAUUCAAGAACAAGGGAGGGGUCAGAUAAUGGACACCAUAUCAGAAAUUCAAGAAAGACAUGAUGCUGUUAAGGAAAUAGAGAAAAACUUAAUUGAGCUACAUCAGGUUUUUUUGGACAUGGCAGCUCUUGUUCAAUCUCAAGGCCAACAACUCAACAACAUAGAGUCUCAUGUGGCUCAUGCUAGUUCUUUUGUUAGACGAGGCACAGAGCAACUUCAUGAAGCCAGAGAGCAUCAAAAGAGCUCUAGGAAGUGGACCUGCUAUGCCAUAAUUCUUGGUAUUGUCCUUGUUGUUGUGCUCCUGUUUCCUCUCUUGUCAUCAGUUUUACCUCACUUGUUACUAUGA